CAGGGGGGAGAUUGGCACAAAUCUGUGCCACACAGUUUGGGAUAGACAUAAACUACCCUACGUAGUUACUUUUACACACCAGAAAAGUUCAUAAAGUGAGUAAUAAUGGAAGCAAAAGACGACCAGGCAGGAGCGAGAGCUGCCGGUGCCCCUCAAAAUAAAACCAUGACACCAGAGCCCAAUACAAAGGACUCACAGUCACCCACCAGAUCCUCAGCCCAAGGUCAAUCUGGCACUAGUACAACUCAAGAAAAUGCCACCAAACCAUCUCUCCAGAUUUUAUUCAACACAUUUACAGUCAAGAACGGAGAAGACAUUAAAAUAGAGAUCCCUGUAGCGGGACAACCUGCACCAAAGAUUGAAUGGAGAAAGGGCGACCAGGCCGUCAAAGAAACAUCCAGACUUAUGAUCGUAAACAAACCUACAAUGACACUUCUUCAUAUACGACACGCUGCCAGAGAACACUCAGGACAGUAUUCCAUUGAAGUCAGUAACAGCGCUGGGAAACAGGUUGGAGAAAUCAGUGUAGUAGUCCUGGAAAAGCCUGACCCUCCAAUCGGACCAGUUAAGAUUGAUGAAGUUAGCUCGGACUACGUUGUAAUGUCAUGGGGGGCACCUGAGUACACGGGAGGAUGCCAGCUUGACAAUUACGUUGUGGAAAAAAGGGAAACUACGAGUAUGGAUUGGCAAACUGUGUCUGCAACCACAGUUAGAACCACAAUUAAAGCCACAAAGCUGAAGACGGGCAGCGAAUACCAAUUCAGAGUGUUUGCCGAAAAUAGAUAUGGAAAAAGUACUUCAAUUACAUCUCCGAUUGUAUUGGCACAAUUUCCUUUCAGUGUACCCUCCGCCCCAGGGACACCUUACGCCUCAACUGUCACUAAAUACAACAUGGUGGUCGAAUGGGAGCCACCAACUAAAGAUGGAGGAAGUCCGAUCACUGGUUAUCACAUCGAACGCAAAGAAAAAAACAGUAUUUUAUGGACUAAACUUAAUAAGCUUAUCCUUACUGACACCCGCUUCAAAACUACAGGACUCGAGGAAGGCAUUGAGUAUGAAUUCAGGGUGUACGCAGAGAACGUUGCCGGACUUAGCCCACCAAGCAAAACAUCUGAGAGUUUUGUUGCAAGAGACAGAUGUGAUCCUCCAGGUAAACCCGAAGCUGUUGUCGUAACUAGAGAGCAUAUUACUCUGAAGUGGGCAAAACCUAAUUAUGACGGCGGUAGCACGAUUACCGGCUAUGUUGUUGAGAAGAAGGAGCUCCCUGAUGGCAGAUGGAUGAAAGCAAACUUUACCAAUGUUAUGGAAACUGAAUUUACAAUCACAGAAUUAACAGGAGGUCAGAGCUAUGAGUUCAGAGUAACUGCCAAAAAUGCAGCUGGUGUUUGGAGCGCACCGUCUGAAAGCAUCACCAUAAUGGCUCAGGAUGUAAUCGAGGCACCCACGGCUGUCAUAGACCCUAAAUUAAAAACUACCACGAUUUUCCCUUCAGGAGAGACAUUCACUAUUGAAGCUGAUUACUUCGGAAAACCACUACCCGAAGUUGCAUGGCUGAAGGAAGGCAAGGAAAUUGAUAAGGGAACAACCAGAAUGGAAGUCAAAACUACGCUUACGCACACAAGUCUGACAGUUCGGGAUUGUAUACGCUCGGAUGGUGGGCACUUUCUGUUGAAUCUCAGUAACAUUGGAGGUACAACAUCCAUUCAUAUCAAUGUGAAAGUACUGGACAAACCAGGUCCUCCAGAUGGCUCCAUAAAGGUCAAAGUUGUUAGUGCAGAGAAGUGCAAUCUGCAUUGGAAUCCCCCAGUAAACGAUGGAGGAGCCACUGUAACGCACUAUGUAAUUGAGAAAAGAGAAACGAGCCGUGUGACGUGGACAGGAGUCGACUCUCAAGUUGAAGGCGUAACUUACAAAGUGACAAAGAUGGUUCCUGGUAAAGAGUACAUAUUCAGAAUUGCGGCCGUGAAUAAAUAUGGCGUUGGUGACUUCCUUGAAACAGAGCCUUUUAUUGCACAAAAUCCUUACACUGUACCAAGUGCUCCCUCUACUCCUACUGCCAGUGCCGUGACUGGGGACUCCGUCGUGCUAACCUGGGAAAGACCUGCGAGCGAUGGAGGAUCAGAAAUUGACGGGUAUAUACUUGAAAAACGGGACAAAGAUGGCGUCAGAUGGACAAAAUGCAACAAAAGAAGACUUAAUGACUUGCGAUUUCGAUGCACGGGACUCACAGAGGGACACCAUUACCAGUUCAGAGUUUGUGCAGAGAACGCUGCAGGUGUGGGUACUCCGAGUGAGCCGAGUGACUAUAUCAAGGUAUGUGAUGCUACCUACCCUCCUGGACCUCCAACAAAUGUCAAAAGCCCUGGGCAUUCGAAGAGCACAGUGUCUCUAACCUGGUCAAAACCUAUUUACGAUGGUGGAUCAGCCAUUACUGGCUUUGCAGUUGAAAUGAAAGAAGCCGGAGAAGAGGAGUGGAGUACAUGCACAUCAGGCUCAGGUACUGAAGAUACAAACUUCACUGUUAGGAGACUGAGAGAGAAUGGAGAGUACAAUUUCAGAGUGUGUGCUGUUAAUGCGGCUGGUGCAGGGGAAUUCGCAGAACUCCAACAAUCAGUCAUGGCUACUGAAAAAGUUGAGCCACCUGAAAUUGAAUUAGACCCAGCUCUGAGAAAGAUUGUCAACGUACGAUCCUGCUCUACUCUCCGCCUUUGUGUCAACAUCAGAGGAAACCCAGAGCCUGAAGUCAAGUGGUCCAAGGAAGGUGGUGCUCUCAGUGAGCGUGCCCAAAUUGAGGUAACCCCUACUUACACUGAGCUAAUGAUUGAGAACGUCAACAGAAACGACACUGGAAAGUACGUGCUGUUAGCUGAAAACUGUGCGGGAUCCAAAUCAGCUUUCAUCAAUGUCAGAAUACUUGACUCCCCCAGUCCACCGACGCAACUGCAAGUGAAGGAUGUGAGGAGAGAUUCUGUGUCUAUCUCUUGGGAACCACCUCUUAUUGAUGGUGGGUCGAAAAUUACCCAUUACAUAGUGGAGAAGAGAGAGGAGGCUAGAAAGGCUUUUGCGAGCGUAUGUAGUGACUGUGUAAGGAACUCCUACAAGAUUGAAAACCUCCAUGAAGGAUGUUUCUAUUACUUUCGAGUUCUGGCUGUAAAUGAGUUUGGCACUGGGCAACCUGUAGAAACCACUGAACCAGUCAAAGUUGCCGAGGUUCCACCAUCUCCUGGAAAAAUCAGUCUUGUGGAUGUUACUGCCACUAGUGCAAAAUUAACUUGGGAUAAACCUGACCAUGAUGGAGGAAGCAAAAUAUUAUCUUAUAUUGUUGAAAUGCAAACAGAGGAUGACGCUUCGUGGACAACAUGCUCAGAAAGCAGGGCUCUUGAAACAACAGUUGAGGGAUUGAUUAAAGGAAAGGAGUAUUAUUUCAGAGUGAGUGCUGUAAAUGAGAAGGGAAGAAGUGAACCAAAGUUAUUGGCAGCUCCAGUCACUGUAAAGGACAACAGCGCAAAGCCAGUCAUUAACCUACUGUGUAACUCAUACAGUGUCAAAGCAGGGAAUGACUUAAAGAUUGACGUACCAUUCAAGGCUACUCCACAACCAACAGUCGAAUGGAGAAAAGAUGGUGUUGAGUUGAAAGAGACCAGCAGAGUAAAUGUGCAGACAACUGAUGGGUCUUCUCAAAUAACUAUCAAAGACGCAACAAAGCUAGAUGUUGGAUCUUAUGAAGUUUUUGUAAGCAAUCCAGUUGGCACUACAUCUGCUGAAAUUUUUGUCAAUGUUUUUGAAAGACCUGGACCCCCAUGUGAUGUUAAGAUAGAGGAAGUGAGUGUUGACUUUGCUACUUUAUCGUGGCAGCCCCCAACCUACACUGGUGGAUGCCAAAUCAGCAAUUAUGUUGUUGAAAAAAGAGAUACUGGAAGCACCUUUUGGCAAAGCGUGUCUGCCACAGUAGCAAGAACGUCUAUCAAGAUUUCUCGACUUACUCAAGGUAUAGAAUAUCAGUUCCGUGUUGCAGCAGAGAAUCGCUACGGCAAAAGUUCAUAUGUGGAGUCUGAUUCGGUAGUUGCACAGUAUCCGUUCAAUCCACCUGGUCCCCCAAUUGACCUUCAAGUUGUUAGCGCCUCAAAGUCUGCCAUUUUGAUUGCAUGGAGAAAGCCAGAAACAGACGGCGGAGAUCCCAUUAUCGGUUAUCAUAUCGAAUGCAAAGAUCAAAGCAGCAUUCUGUGGACAAAGUUAAACAGAAAUCUUAUAAAUGAAAACCAAUUUAAAGUGACAAGUGUUGAAGAAGGCCUUGUUUAUGAGUUCCGAGUGUCUGCUGAGAAUAUGGCUGGCAUAGGCCCAUGCAGCAAACCAUCUGAUCCUGUUGCAGCCCGAGACCAAUGUGAACCCCCACAAAACCUCACUGUCACUAAUAUAACUAAUGACUCAGUCUCCCUCUCUUGGGACAAACCAGAGUAUGACGGAGGAGCCAAAAUUACUGGAUACAUCGUAGAGCAUAAAGAGUUGCCUGACGGUUGCUGGCUGAAGUGCAAUUUUACCAACCUCCUGGACACUUUCCUGGAUGUUGCUGGACUUACAGAAGGAGAACAAUAUGAUUUUAGGGUUACUGCGAGAAACGCUGCAGAUCUCCUUAGUGCUCCCUCUGAAAACACUGGACCUAUUACCAUACAACAUGACCUAGAGCCACCUAAAAUUGUCAUGGAUGAUAAAUUUAGACAGGUGCUCGUCGUCAAAUCCGGGGAUCUCAUAAAAAUAGACGCUGAUGUCUCUGGUCGCCCCAACCCCACAGUGUCUUGGUUAAAAAAUGGCAGAAUUAUUGGCUCUAAAGGAAGAGUUGAGAUACAUAUAUCCAAAACACAUACAUCUUUAGUUAUCAGAGAAUGCGUACGGAAAGACUCUGGACAGUAUACCCUUACCUUACAAAAUGCCGGUAGUGCCACAUCAAGGACAAUCACAUGCAAAAUUCUAGAUCGACCAGGCCCACCAGCGGGACCUUUGAAAAUUUCUGGUAUUUCAGCCGAGAAAUGCACGUUGUCAUGGGAACCACCUAUGGAAGACGGCGGAGCUGAAAUAAUGCACUACAUCGUCGAGAAGUGCGAAACUAGCCGCGUAUCUUGGACCCUCGUUUACGAUGACAUGAUGGCGACCACCUGCAAAAUAACAAAGCUAGUUAAAGGAAACGAGUACUUGUUUAGAGUUAAAGCUGUGAAUAAAUACGGAGAUGGUGAGACAUUGGAGAGCGACCCAGUAAAAGCUCUCGAUCCUUACACAGUUCCCUCUGCUCCUACUGAUGUCGAAGUCACAAGCGCAAAUGCUGAUUCUAUGACUGUGUGCUGGAAGAGACCCGAGACAGAUGGCGGAAGUCGUAUUAGCGGUUAUAUCAUUGAAAAGAGGGAGAAACAAGGCGUGCGAUGGGUGCGUGUGAAUAAGAAACCUGUUUAUGAUCUUCGAGUCAAAGCUACUUGCCUACAUGAAGGCUGUGAGUAUGAAUUUAGAGUUUUUGCAGAAAAUGCAGCUGGGCUAAGUGAACCCAGUGCCCCAUGUCCUUUAACCAUGGCGGAAGACCCUAUGUUUCUACCUUCCCCACCUGCAAAGCCCAUUAUUGUUGAUUCCACAAAGUCCUGUAUUUCUCUCUCGUGGAAUAAACCUCUCUUUGACGGUGGUGCAGCAGUCACUGGCUAUAGAGUUGAAUUCAGGAAAACAUCAGAAGAGGAAUGGUCCACUGGAAUUUACAACACUGAUAAAACACAACUGACUGUAACCGGACUCAGUAGUGGUGCAGAGUAUGUUUUUGUCGUAAGGUCCAUAAACAAGAUUGGCGUUAGUGAGCCGAGCCAAGAAUCAGACCCUCAAGUAGCAAUGGAUAGAGAGGAAGAACCCAAGUUUGAUGUAGGCCCUGACAUGCGCAAAACUCUGCUGGUUAAAGAUGGUGCAUCCUUCACUUUGACUGUGCCAUAUUCUGGAAAACCUACCCCCACUGUAACUUGGGAAAAAGCAGAUGUGGACCUAAGAGUGCGUGGAUUGAUUAACACCACAAGUACAGUUACCUCGUUAACGGUAGACAGAAGCACACGAGAUGAUUCAGGCAAGUACAUAGUCAAACUCCAAAAUCUUGCUGGCAGCGCCUCAUUGACCUUGAGUGUCAGAGUUUUGGAUUCACCCGGACCGCCAACUCGGAUAACAGUGAAGGAUGUGACCAAGAAUUCUGCUACUGUCACAUGGGACAUACCAGAGAAUGAAGGAGGGGCACCAGUUAAGAAUUAUUUGGUGGACAUAAGGGACAUCAGCAGAAUGGGAUGGACCAGGCUCACCGACAAAUGCCACAGGUUGUCGUACCGAGUGUCAGACCUGGAAGAGGGGGGAAUCUACUUCUUCAGAAUCACUGCAGAAAACGAGUAUGGGAUCGGAGUACCAGCGGAGACCAAGGAAGGAGUCAAAUUAACAGAUCCUACAGAUUGGGAGACAGAUGCAGGAGCAUAGCUCAUUCAGAAGAAACAGUGUGAUAAUGAUGAUGAUAAUAAUGACUUUAAUUUUUAAGCAUAAGCUUAUGUUACAUUUCCUAAGUUUUAUAAUCAUUAUGAUAAGGCAUUGUGAUAAUAUAGUAUGGGAUUAAUAACACCAAUAAUGUAAUUUUGUAAACAAAUUUGAUUUGCUUCUUUAUUAAACUGGGUUUAAUUCCAG